AACACUUGUUCCAUCAGGUCUCACAUUCCUUUUUCUUUUUUCUUGUCAAAAUAUCUAUCCUUUAAAUAAAUCUUUGUGCGUAAUGAGCACAGCUCAUUAAAAAACCAAAAUGUCAAACGCAGACGUCAAACGCAGGUUUUCUUUUUUCAUGGAUCCUUUUCGGAAAAACGCAUUAACAGCGUAUUGGUCGCGUAAAUAAGCGCAAUGAUAUUCGAACAUAAUAAACUGUUACUAUGUGAAGUUUAGUGUGAGGUUCAUUCAUAAAAUCUAGGACAAUGGAUAGUGGAGACAGGAUUUUGGUGGCCGCAGGGCUGACGGCUGCCGUAGUGGUCGGGGCCUUCGUGCUGUGGGGUCCCGGUGGGGCGCCGAAGGUGCGCAAGAGGCGCGGCCAGAUUGCCGGCCUCCAGAACCUGGGCAGGACCUGUUUCCUCAACACCCUGUUGCAGGCGCUUGCUGCCUGUCCCACUUUCAUUGACUGGCUCAAAAAGUAUGCUAAGGCUGAUGGUCACAACAGUAUGAUUACUACAUUGUAUACAGUUAUUGAAGUGGUGAACGGCACGCACGAGUCGGCGCGCGGCACGCCGGUGUGCCCGCUGGGCGUGCUGCAGGCGCUGCGCGCGGCGGGCUGGGUGGUGCCCGCCGACCAGCAGGACGCGCACGAGCUGCUGCACGUGCUGCUCUCCUGCGUCGACGAGGAGACCACCAACAUGGCCAAGAAGCCGGGUUGCCUAUCCGACGCUCUCGGGCUCGGCGGGAGCCGCGCAUGGUCAGCGCUGGCGUCGCCGGCGUCUCCGCCCGCCGCCCCGCACCCCUUGCGCGCUGACUCCACCCCGCCGACGCCAUCGACACUCUCCAUGAGACCAGCGUCUGCUGCGCCGGCUGAUGAACCGGAUCUUGUGGAGACAGAGCCGUUGUGCGAGGCGCCGCGGCUGACGAAGGGCGUGUCGCGGUCGCUGUGCCACCUGAGCUCGGUGGGGCGGCGCUGGAUCACGCCGGCCGCCGCGCGCCCGCCGCCCGCGCCGCCCUUCCGCGGCACCCUCGCCUCCCGGCUGCAGUGCACCGUCUGCGAACAUAAGAGUCCAAUCAGGUACGACAAGUUCGACAGCAUUUCUCUGUCGAUGACGAACGCCAGCGUCGGACUCACUGGCUCAUUCAGCCUUUCUGGUCUGCUCCGCGCGUUCACGGCGCCGGAGCUGGUGAAGGGCGUCCGCUGCAGCAAGUGCUGCCCCGAGCCCGCCCAGCCUGACGCCGCCACGCCGCCCGCCUACACCAAGCACAUACGCACCGUCAGCUUCGGGAAGUUGCCAUACUGCCUGUGCCUACACAUCGGUCGCGUGGAGUGGCAGGGCGGCGCGCUGAGCAAGCGCGGCGAGUUCGUCGCCUUCCCAGAGACGCUGUCCAUGGCGCCCUACUCCGCCGUGCAGCAGCCCAAGUUGGACGUGUCGAUGCUGGUGGGCGCGGGGCGGGUGCGGGCGGGGCUGUCGGCGCUGUCGGCCGCCGAGAGCGGCGCGGGCGAGGCGGCGCCCGCGCAGUUCCGCCUGAGAGCUGUGGUCGUGCACGUGGGGGGACCCAGGUCGGGACACUUCGCCACCUAUAGGCGGGGGAACGGGUUUGAAGCUAAGAGAUGGUGGUACACAUCAGACACGCUAGUGCACGAGGUCUCCCUACAAGAAGUGCUACGCUGCUCCGCAUACAUGCUGUUCUACGAGCGAGUGCGGCCCGAGCCCACCAUGACCGCCUCCGCCAACUCGCACCACUUCUAACCGGACACCGGACACCGGACACCACCCGGGGAUACCCGGACACCGCCCGGACAACAUGCCAGGGUUCACUCGUGAAUAUACAGAUAGUGGUCGGAUAUGUCCGAACUAUGUGUCUAACUAUGUCCGGAUAUCUUUCUUCUUCUUGAAUAUUAUUCUUAGUUACAUGCCUUUGGUUUAAAACACAUCAAGGCUUAAGACUUUGGACAUGUCCGACCACUGCUCGGAGUAUCAUUUAUGUGAAAAUAUGGAUACUAAAUAAAUAUAAAAUAACUUCGCAAAAGAAUAUUGAAAACUGCGUGAACCAAGAAUUUUGAUGGAGGGGAAGGGGGGGGGGGUAAAUGUUAUGAUCUUACGGUGUUGGAGGGACAACAUUAUGGUUCACAGCAGUUUUACCAACCAUGUAUUGUGAAAAAGGUCAGUAUCUAUAUUUUUCCAAAAAUGAUCCUCAUUUGUCAUCCCAAGAACUGACGUUCCCAAAAAAUUUCCUUACUAUUGAAACGUUUAUUACUAAAGUUUGGCUGUGCCCUUAUCUUUCGUCUUUUGUACAAAAGUACCCUGACUCACGCAUAACGCUCAUUUCGAAUUCAAUCAGUAUUAAUUUUUAAGUCUGUUUUUGACAUAAAUGUUUUUUGUACACUGGCAACAUGAUUUAAAUUGCGACUGAUUGAAAUAUUAUGAGGCUAAAAGUAGAAAUUUUAGAAGAUACUAAAACGGCGAAAGUGGCCAGUGUACAAUGUUAAUACUAUUUCACUCAAUGUUGUCUUGAAUUCGAUCCAUUUUGUCUCGUAAAACAAACACUACAUAUCCUAAGCAGUAACGUAGGUAUGUUACACUUUCCUAUUUCCUAACGCCUUUGACUUUGGGACAGAUAAUAGGUCGUCAACUGAACUAAAGUAAAUCGAUGCAACUAAUAUUUCGACUGCUUUAUAAUUUACUCUAUUCUUUAAUUUAGUUGAUGACAUUCAAUAAGAUAAAUGUAACUUAGCAUGUGUGUGUAGAUAGCUCACUGUUAGUACACAAUCACUUCUAGUAAUAUUCUAUGUAUUGACAUCUCUCUCGUAAGUCAAAGGACAUAUCUGACUGCAACGUAGUGUGCUGGGUUAGUUCCUAUCUCAUGACAAUUAGGCUUAGAAGCACCUUCAUUCGUGGGUAAUUUUCAUCAACCACACUCCAUUCUCAUAAUACAACACUGGGUAGUAAUGUAGUCCGUAUGUAGAGCCUAGCACGCUACGUCACUAUGUAAGGAACCCUAUGUUUAGGAAGAGUCUAUUUUUCCACUCGGCCGAUACUUUUCAACGGACACUUUUACCUCUAGUGUACAAAACUACACAAGUUAGACUGUAGGCGGCACAUUUCUUCGAAUAAUACCUUAGAUUCCUUAGAAGCUUCCGGUGUAAAAAAAACCUUUUGAAUAUCGAAAACUCUCUUGAACUAAAUUUUUAAAUGCAUGACGCAUUGUGCGUCAAAUAAAGGUUGUGGUGAUGCUUGCGUGAGCAUACGCAAUUACUGGAAACCAAGGCGCUGUACCUACUGGCACUGUGUCAGGGCUUAAAAUACAAUGUCUUAUUUACCAGUACCUUAAUGCAUAGUCCCAGAAAUGAAAGUGGGUACUCUGUAGGACUAACUUGUGUUGUGUUUGUGAGACUUUCUUUUAUUGACACGCAGACUUAGAGUUUCUUGUAAACGCUGAACGUUGAUGCAAAAUAUUAUGAGCGAUAAAUAAACCAGCCAGUGUUUGGCGUUCCUAAAGAUCUUGUAUAUCAAUAUUAUUGCCCAAUGCUAUGCUAAUAACAUUUCACGGAGCGUAGCACGAAUUAGGAAUAUUAUUGCGCAAAUUGUUUUCAUUGGGGUGCAUGUUAAUAUUGUGCAAUAUUUUUAGACGCCAGAGAUCAACGCGUGCAAAAUUUUUAUAAAAAUAGUGCACUCAGUAUACAUUAUGUUUUGCACAAUAUUAUAGUACUGGGCAAUAAUUUUGUAAGUAAAAGGGACACUAAAUGUUUUAAAAAUUGUGUGCCAUGAUAGUGAGUGAUAUUUUACGCUUUCGCUGUACUUCAUAAGCUCAAUAUGCUGUAUUUAUUUGUGUCUGAUUGCUCGCUGGCGCAAACUUGACAACCACCUGUGUAUAGUAAUAAAAAAGAUUGUCAACUUUACUGUACUUAAUAAUAAGGUUGAAAAUCAAUCCCUGGGAAAUUGUUGACCUCUUAUGGAAAACUUUCUCAAGUCGAAUAUUUUUGUGAAUAAAUACCUUAGUAUAUUUGUCAGGUUUGUGCUUACCUAAUCGAUUCCCUCAGUGUAAGCAUGUUACGAGGUAAACACGUACUGGUAGCCGAUAUGUUAGCUUUUACUAUUGACUGUACAAUUUCUGAAUUUAUUAUAAAUCAUUGUGAAGGACUGUAAUUAUGUCGUCCAAUCCUGUAUCGAUGUACCCUAGUAGUAUGUCAUUCUUACUGUGCAUUUUGUCUUUCGGCGGCAAGCUUUCCUGACUCAGCAGGUGCAAUAUUGCAUCGUGAACACUUAGGACAUGCCGCCACUUAGCACGUACUUACUUAUUGCAUUUAUUUUAUACGAUUGACUUGUCCACUUGUGUCCUUCCUACAAAUAAUACUGUUGUAAUAAUUCUCUUGAAAAUCUAAUUUUCGAAUUAUCAGUCGUUUUACAAAUUAAAAUUUAACCAUUUUGGAGGCUAAAGUCCACUUGUGAAAAUUCUAGUAGCGGAGGGAGUAUUGGUGCCUAAAUUGUGGCCAUUUGUGACUGAGCAAAAUGUUGCCAUAUAUAUCGUUAUCGCAUAAAUUUAGCUUUAGAUGUUAUUUAUUAUGUUUUGACGGUUAUGGGCUCGAUGUUCGCUUUAUUAUAGAGCUCAUUAUGUGUGUGAGUACUGGUUUCGUUGCCAUAAUCUACGAUCUUGAUAAGUUGAUACUUACUUGUGACUAGGCCUUUAUGUUACGCGACCAUCUAAACACGUUCGAAAAUCCUGAGAUAUACAUGUGUGACCAUCACAUUCAGAAGAUAUAAUAAUUUAAGUUUUGUUAAUAUUGUGCAAUAGCACUAUCUGUUGUAAUAAUCAGAAUAACAUAAGAUUCUGUACAAACAUUUUAGUUUUCUAUGAAAUUUUUAUCUCUUGUAAAAAAAUUAUGUUACUUGGAAAAUGCUAAAAAAUAGUAAAAUACAUAAUAAUAAAAUUGCAUUUAUCUUUAUAUAGUUUGAAUUAAAGUUUAAAAUGUUAGCUUGAAUUAUUUUGAUGAAUGUUGAAUUCCCGCCAUAUUACGUCGAACUGUCAGAGCCCACUGGUGUGAGUCAUUGUGUUGAACUCAGCUCAACUGUGCAACUAAACAUUACAACUGGCCAGUGACAUGUUGUGCAAUAAUAUUGUCUAACAAUUUAGUUCAGACAAUGUACCUUGAGACUCGCUCAGAGAUAGAAAAAUUCUAAGAACAAAUGCACACAAACACUAUUAGAAGAUUGAUACAAUUUAUGCAAGAUUUUUGCAACAAAGCAACUUUGUGUACUGAAAUAUUACAGAAUUUCAGGAACAUUUUAGCCUAAUUUGGAUUAACUUAAAGCAAGAAACCAGAAAAAUAUUUCAAAAUUUAAAAUUGCACAACAUUAGGUAUAGUUGUUGUGCACAGAGUUAGUGCAAUGACUCAUAACUGAGUUUUAUUUUAUUUACUUUUUGAGCAUUUUGACUGGGAUGUAAUGUACUGUUGUUUGGUCAAUACACACUGAGGAAAACAAUUAAGUUUUAAAAAUUGCAAUUCUAUAAACUGCCAUAAAUCAAAAGAAGGGAAAUCAGUAACAGCGCUCAUAUCCUCUGUGCAUUACAUCCAAUUGGUCAGAACUGUAGGAAAUUAUGUAAACUUAUGUUUGAGUUUAGGAAAUUGCUUGGCAUAAUAGUUUGUUACUUUAGUUAGUGUUGGCGAUGAUUGAACUUCCAGAGAAACAAUGUGGCAACUGUAGAUAGGAUGGAUUGUAUCUAACAAAUGUUUAUAAAUAAAAUGUAUUAUAAGUGA